GAACAAAUGUAAAUAUAGAUCCGAACGAAUCAAAAUAAUCUUGUGACAAUGGCUGAAGCAGUUCAACCAAAAUCAUCGACUAAGGCGAAAAAAAAAAAGAAGGAAAAGAUACAUGUUGUUAGUGAAGAACCAGGUCUGAAAUUAGACAUUGGUGACAAAACAAAAGUCUCAUUCACAAAAGAAUCGGAAAACACAGAAAAUGUGGAAAAUAAAGUACAGAAAUCAGACCCAAAGACAGAUGAAGAAAAAUUCUCUCUUGACAAACAAGGGAAAGACAGCACCAUUCAAAAUCCUAAUGUACCAGAAUCUGGAACUUUACCAGCUCUAACAACCAAUGUUUUGAUUGAUAAUAUGGAAAAACUUAAAGUUGAUGAAGACAAUUCUUCUGCUGAAAAUGUGCAAGAUAAAGACAUGGAAGUGACAAAAAAAGAAAAGAUUGAAACAAUAAAAGAGGACCAAGAAAAGACAGAGGAGACCGAUGUGAAUAAUGAUACAUGUAGUACAGAACAUGUGCUAUCUGAAAUUAAUAGAGAAGAAUCCACCAAAAAUAUUAAAUCAGAACAUGCAUCCCUAAAUAAUAUUCCAAAACUAAAAGUAGUGAGAGAACAUGAAGAAGGUGAACACACAAACCAAUUAGACAUUAAAAAUGAUUUCUCUGAGAAGAAAACGUCUGUCAAUUUAUAUCCUAAUCUUCAGUAUGAUUUAGCAAGGCUUAAAAGAUCUGACAUAGAACAAAAGGAACAGCAUAGAAAAGAAAAUUCACAAAUCCGUCAGCAUAUUGUUCAACCAUUAACAUUAGAGCAACUUAAGAGUCUGUAUUACAAUCCUCGAUUAAUUCAGAUAGAUGCUAUUGUUGACAUGUUUAUACAGGAAGAUGAAAAGAAAGAUAACCAUGAAUUUUAUGAGAUUUUACUGAGUUAUUUGAGAGCUCGUAAGAACUUAAUGCAGUCAGAAGGAGAGAUAAAAGUCUUACAUGAACAAUACAGUGCAAUAAAGGAACAGUCAUGGGUUACUUCUAAACAUUUUGUCACGGCUAAGGGACCUUGUGGGGAUGGAGUUACAUGUAAAGCCAACCAUCAGUAUGAAAUGAUAGACUUUGAUGAUGAUGCUUUUAAAAGAUUGAAGAAAAGUCUAGAGACUAUCAGAGAAAAUUUGCAGACCAAACUAUCACUUCAUUCUUAUUCAUCACAACUUGCCAGACUGCAAGUAGAGUCAUACAUCCACAACUUAUUUAUCACUUGCCCUUUACUGAGAGAUAUACCCAGUAAUGCACCACCACAAGCUUUAGGAUUACACAGUCCUAAUAAUCAACACCAGAUAAACAGAUUGAGAGACUGUAUAACUGUGCUUUAUAUGUUCCAUCGCAGACCGGUUAGUGAUAAUGAAUUUGUUAUCAACACAAGAGGAUGGACUCAGAGACUGGUUUCUGCCUUGGUAAAAGUAGCAUCAUUUGAUGACCAUAUGUUUAUUCUUAAUCAUAUAUUACGAUGUCCAGCUGGUGUUGGGACUUGGGCAGCCAACUUCAUACAGAUGCCAGCUAUCCCACAGUCUGUGACUAGCUUUGGGAAUCCUGCGUUAGACCAUUAUAUAGCUUGUUUAGCUCUUGUACUUACACCAAUAAGAUCAAGAGAGGACUUUGUUUGUCUGAUGAAGGAGGCUGUUAAUACUAGUCCUGAUCCCCAACAGGUUACAAAUCCCUGGGUACUCAUAAACUGUGAUGGAGAAGAGGAUGAAGAUCCAAAGAAUGCAUGGAAAUAUUUACUGGAGAAUGAUUUUGUUGCCAUUUUAAAACAGUUUCCAGUGUCAGAGAUGUUUAAACACAUUUUACUGAUUACUGGAUCAGACAAUUUACAAUAUGAUAUACAUAGAACUACAGAGUCAACUUUUAUAAAACAACUGGCAUUCAGUACGUGUCUCAUUAGAAUAUUAGGGGAAGGUUUACAGACAUACAACAUGGCAAGAUAUAGACAGCUCAACAAAAGAAUAGGAGGAGCCAUCAGAGAAGUAGUUGGAUAUGUAUCCAACCAUUUAGAGAGUUUUCUGUCACAUAAUAGUUUACCAGAAGAUAUGGUUCACAGACUCCAACUAGAGUAUGACCAGUUCUUUCUCAGGGCUACAAACUGUAUACUUACCUCUCAAAAGUUAGGAUCAUGGCAGUUUAUGACCAAUACCUCAUAUGCUACAGUUUCCAGGGAAACCAUGUGGAAGUUGCUAUGGUUAUUACAUCAGGGCACCAAUCAAAAUAUAGAUAUUGAUAGUCUGCCAACAGAAAACAAAUGUAGAGAAUACAUAAAUGACUGUUUUAGUACCAUGCAGUUGGCAGAUAUUGUUCACACAUCCAUGAUCUCAGCAGAGACUAUUUAUCUAUUGACUGCACUUGCUCAUAUGGCAUCUUGUCGACCACCUAGAGAAUUUGAUUUUAUUCAAGCUGUGUCAUUCAGACUGUUUGAGAUUUGCUAUGUCUGUGCAGAGACAAGAGAAAUGUGUCACAAGUUAGGAAGAGACCUUCUUGUUUCAAUAGCAACAACACAUCCAUUCAUUAUCUCACUUAUCAUACAGCAGACCAAUCAGAAUUUAGUAAACAUUGGAGGAAUGUCACUUUAUUUGUUUCAAACACUACCAUUCCACUUGUGGCUACCAAUGGACAAUGAUAUCACUGUAAUUGAGGAAUGGCUGAUGACCUCUGAACUUACUUCAAAAACCAAUCAACUAGCUCAGUCUGUACUCUGUAAUAUAAACUGGGGUGUUGACCAACAGAAAAACAGACUGUUCAUUCCAUAUGAUGUACAUAAGAAGACUGCCAUUUUGUUAACACAGGCUUAUGGAAAAUUUAUUGGAAGCAGACACCACUGGAUGUUCUUCACAGAAGGAAUGAAACAAGUGGCAUCAGUUGUAAAGCAACAACAGACCAUUGAACAACUGUUUAACAACUGGGCAUGGGACAUUGCUCUGAAACUCCACCUACACCACACUACACUCCCACCUAAUGAUGUUCAGUUAGUCAAUGCAGAAGGAGGUCCACCAGAUCUGGCCAAUGACAAUUCGUUUCUUCCUGUCACCAGAGGCCUGAAGGACAAGAAUGCUAUGGCUUGCUAUGUUGCUAUACUUGUUUCUAAUAUUGGCCAUAAGUAUGGAGAUUUUAUACCAGCAGGAUUAGAAUACUUAACAACAUUGUCAGAGAACUUUCACUACAAACCAACUAUCAAUGUAUUGAACUGUAUUGUUCAUAUGUUCUUUGAGAAUCCACAUAUUCUAACAGAUAAUGAAAAGUUUCAGAAGAUAAUACAGUCACUGAUGGUAGCAGAUGAGUCUGCCUCAAAGCUUUCUAAGAUUAUCUGGUCACAGGAAUUCCCUGGACCAUUUACUAAGUGGUUUUCUACAAUGAUUGAGGGUCAGUUAUCAACCUUUGUGAACCAAGGAGAUGUAGCAGGUGUCAUGAGAGGCAUCAGUUUCUGGAUAAAGAUGUUAACGAAGCCACCAAAGUGGUACCAUGAUAAAAAUUCAUGCUAUGUAUUGGACCAAACAGUUAAAUCAGCAUUUAGACAUAAGAGUGGAUUAGACACAGUGAAGACUGCCCUGCAGGAAGCUUUUCAGAGACACCAAAAGGAAACCCAUCAACAAGGUGCAGUGUCCCAGUUUGUUAACUGGGUUUCAUCAGGAGCUAAUUUUUCUCAGAUUCCUUCAUUAACAGAAGUGAUGUGUAACCCUGAACUGUUUGGAUGGUUGUCUUUAGUGUUACUAGACAUGGAGUUCACAUAUGAAAAAGAAACACAACUGUGGCAUUCAUUUAGAGAAGAAAUUUACACUGACUCAAAAGCUUCUCCAUCUCAUGCUUUAAAGAAAUGUGUCAGUAGAUUGAAGUUAGAACAAGCUCCAGGAUUAAACAGCAUGACUAUAUAUAGGUUUUCUAGAUUCAUGUUAGAUCUGCCAAUAGACCAUCCAGUAUUGCCUCUUAUUUGUCAGCGAUUCUUUCUUUUAUUCCUUGGACGACAAGUUUCGCAAGCUAGUAAUCAGCAGAGGGCCAGUGUUGGGGAGAAAAUGUUUGAAGUGUCUGGACAUUCUGGCACAUUGAAGAAAAUAAAGAAAAGAUUUAAUGAAGCAAUCAAUUUACAUAUGGACUAUCCCACUGCAACAUCAGAAAGUAAUGCUGAUGAUCAGCAUAACAAUAUUGAAAAUUUCAGAUAUGUAUCAAAGAAGGAAUUCCAUCUAAAUUUAGCAAGACUUUACCAGACCUAUCAGCUGUGGAUAGAUGAACCUUUCCUCCAUGAUGCUAAGUUGUACAUCCCUGCUCUUCCUGCACAAUAUGAAACUGGAAAGUUACUUCAAAUGUUUCAAAACCAAACUGAUUUAUGGUUUGAGUAUGUAGAUCUUGAUAGAAUUAUAUAUGAGUUAUCACAGACAGCAAGUGAAUGGUAUCACUCAGCAGAACCUGGCUCACCUAGAAAAUCCUACUUACGCCAUACAGAUCAUAUCAAACAUGGAGCAGAAGGUAUUCUAUUUGCAUUGAAACAAUCAGAAUUACCAUCAGAAUUACCUCCCCUACAGCCAGUCAAACCACCAGUUCCAGAUAUCAGUGUCACUGUUUUAGAGGACAAAGCUACCAUUCUACAUGUUCUCAAAUCUGAUCUGAAUGUUGUUAAAGAAUAUGCCAAAUCAUUUCACAGUCGAUGUAACCACCAAGUUGCCAUAGAUGAUGAUUUUUGUACUUUGUUACCCAAGUUACACUACAAUAACCAAAAACAGGUGAAAGUAACGGCAGAAUGUAAAAGUCAUAUUAACCCACUACACAAAUGUUCAAAUCCAGCUGUCAUUAAUGUUAAUGUCAGAGAAAAAGCAAGAGAUGAGAAUGUUCAACGACAAAUAGAUGAGAACCGGGCAGAAUAUAAACAGUUGCUGAUAGAAGGACAAAACCCACCUCCUGUUAAUAUUUGUGUUGCUGUAGUCCACAUGGAAAAUGCACUAACUAUGCUAGUAAAGCUGUUUAGAUCUUCAACAGAUAAUAUCAAAGUUUCUAGAUUGAAUGAUACAGUGUGCACCCUGUUUUUCCAGUUAGCUGAGUCUAUUAACGAUGAUAUACAGUUCUACCCUCCAGCACGACAGUUCUACUCAUCUUGUAUAGAUUUAUUAGGAAUGGAGUUUAUGCAAAAGGACCCUUCACAGACAGAGAACAUUCUUCAAUUUUCAUUGGACUCUCCACGCCUUGCUGGUCUCAUAUCACCACAUUUUAUACCUCUGAAUAGUCCUAGGAUCUAUGUGACAAUGUAUGAAAAACUAGUACAGAUUCUAAAGAGAGAUAAUCCAGAUCUUGUCUUUGUUCUUCUAACAAAGUUUGACAUACCAUUAUGGUUGUCCACAAUCAAUCCUGCUCAGAUAGAGAUGAAGCGACUAAUAGAUGUCUUGGGUAUAGCCCUGUACAGCUGUGGUAUAGACCCAGACAAACCUCACAGCUUGGUCUUUGCACUAUAUUGUAGUCACUUGAAGUCUUUGUUGAACUUUCAUUUUCCAUGUAAUUUGAAUGAUGUCCUAGGCCUCAUACUCAAAGGUUCUGUUGACCAGGCAUUACAUGAGAACUGUUGGCAGAUCUUAAACAAAUGUAUAUUUGAGGUAAAUGUAGAAGAAGGAAUUAAUGGAACACAGAAAAUGACUGUAUUGUCCAUUGAUCAGAUUAGAACAGUUUUGCACCAGCUAGGAGACUUUUUCCUUCAGAAUCGACUUUUAGUGCCAGAUAAUAGUGCAUUUGGUCUGUAUCCAUGUUUAGCUCGGUAUAUUGAUGAGAUCAGGAACCUGAUACGUGAUCUCUUACUCUGUCUGAUGCAUAAGAUACUUCCUAAUAUGUCGGACAUGAAUCCAGUCAGUGCUCUAGACAUGGUAUGGCAGACUAUUGUACAGACCUAUGCUCCAUGGAUACAGACAAUACAGAAUGAAAAGACACAGCUGUUACCAUGGAUACAGUCCGAUGCAGAGUCCGGAACAAAAAUGGUGGAAUCUGCUUUGACAGUGUUUGAACAUGUUUUUACCUGUUUUGCAGAUUUGAUCCCUCCAUAUCAACCAAACACCUUAGGAAAGGUCUGGAUGUAUUAUGCUGGAGUUUUGUGCCAUAAACUUUCACCACCACAUAUCAUUAAUGUAUAUUCAUCUGUCCUGAGUCAGUUACCUUGGAAACACUUAAAACCAGACAAAUAUGUCUUACAGUCAAUGAUUCAGUUCAAAGAGUUGAAAUGUAAUGAAGGAUUUGACUUAUUGGCACAUAUAGUAUGUGAAUUAGACUGGGCAGAGAUAUUACAAGUAUACCAACAAGUCUUCCAAGAUGAAAGUUUAGCUUUGUCUUCCAUACUUAUCCUGCUUAUACAGUGUUUUGGUGAACAGAAACAUAUUGAGAUCCCUGCUUUGGAGCAGAAGAUUGUAUCAUCUAUUAAUUACAACUGGAUAAAGUUAACAUCUGAUAAUUAUCGUCAUGCCUUCAACUGGUACCUGCAAAUGUGUGAUCCUAAAUACCUCAUAGCAGAAAGGUCAUCUACAGUCACCUUGGGACUAAGGCUAUUGAAAGCUGCCUCUGAUUUUAAUGUCCAGUCAUCUAGUAGUUGGACUUCAGAUAUGGCUAUAAAAAGACAAUGCUAUGUCCACAGCUAUGUCCAAUUAAUCUGCCAGUGUACAUACGAUAAUGAAAUUAGUAUGGAAUCUAUCACAACUGUAAUCUUGAACUUGAUGACUGACAUAGAAACAGUUGUGGCAAGUGUUGUUGAUUCAAGAAUACAACAGGAGGAAAGCUUAGAUCUCAUGAAGGAAGUGUUGUCAUUACUUAACAACUGUAACCCUAGUAACCAAUCUGUUGUUGUGACAACUAUAAUACAGUGGUUAGAGUCAUCACCUAGCAGUAUAUUACUGUUACCAUGUGUGAGGAGUGCCUCACGAUGUCUGGCAUCACAUAGACAUAUGGUGCAGAUAAUUGAGGAAUGUAUCCAAGCUUAUUUUGUAGGAGGUCAUGACAAACAAACAGGAGGUGGAUGGGACCAUGUUUUGGCAGCAAUCCAAGUACCUGACCUUGACAUUGAUGAUUACCUGACAGUAGCUUUGGAAGAAGGGUCAUAUCUUUUGUUGUAUGGUUACAUUGUACAGAACCUACCACUGUGUCAAUCUUUAGAACAGAUGAAUGUUUUACUGGGAAGACUUCUAGAUUGGACAGGCAAAGCUAAACCUAGCUCUGACAAUGAAUGUAAGCUGUUAUUAUGGUGGUCAAUAUUGGUGGAAAUAGUACUGAAGGAAGUAAAUUUUGGUGCCUCACACAAAGUGUUAAUAAAGAUGUUAAAUACCCUUAUAUCUUACCUACAUCAGUAUGGGGAAGAUAGGUUGUCUACUGGAUUACUUGGAGCAAUAGGACUUGGUAAAAAGUCCCCCAUGUCACAACAGUUCAGGAUAGUGUGUCGAGCCUUAGCAGCCAUGUUGUCUGCACAGAUAUUUGGUGAAUCACUUCUACGAUGUCCCGGUGAACCUGUUGUAUUGACUUCUUCCUCAAAACAACAGCUAACAUUCCUUCAUUCAUUAAAGAGCAACAGACAGUAUCAUCAGUUUAAAUCAGAUAUUCAAAUGUCAUGUGACUUUGUUACAGGCUCAGACAAGUACUUAGCUGAUACAGUGGAUCUCCUCAGCAGACUAAGCACUAUAUUCUAUAGUGAUAAAAAAUUCUUAUCAGUGUUGCAUAAUAUUCAUUCAUAAUAUAUAUAUAUGUAACUGUACUGUUGAUUAAUAUGUAGAAUUGUUAAUUGGUUGUUGUUUGUUUUAUUUUAUUACAGUAUUUGUCAGUUUUUUAGACACUUACACCUUAAGAUAUAUGUUUUAUGGUAUACUGCUGUCUGUCUGUCCAUCCAGACAUGUUUCACGAUAACUCAAGUAUGUUGUAACAAAAUCUUACUAAAUUUUUUACACAAUGUUAGGUUACCUGAAGACUACCUUCCUUUUUUGAUUUUAACAUUUUCAUAUUAAUUGCUCUACAGUUAUGAGACUUUAAUCAUCAAAAACAUGGCAAUUUUUUUAUAUAUUUCAGAAUAAUUCAACUUGAGGUAUGCUUUCAUGAAUAUUUAUGAUUUUUUACACAAUAAAAGGCUUCAUUAAGACGAGCUAUUUUUGAUUUUGAUGGUUUUCAAAUUAGUUGUUGAAGAGUUAUGAGACUUAAAUCAUCAAAAACAAGACAAUUUUCCCCCAUAUCUGAUGAUUUGCUCUUGUGAACUUUUGUUACAGUGUAACAACUUACAAAAAUAAAAUCCAUUUCAAUUUCAAUGAUUUUCAGAUAAGCCAUUCAAGAGAUAUGUGAUUUUAAAUAUCAAAGUACCAGGAAAAUCUUCAUAUGUGUCACAAUAUCUUUGCUUUCACAAAUCCUUAUGCAAUAAUUACACGAUUAUUCAAGCAAUAACAUGCAUUUAAUCUUCAUACAAUUGUCUGCUCUCACUGAUUAGUCGAAGAUUGUAUCAUUUGCUCCUGGCACAGAUGUGUAUUUUUAUUGUGUUCUUAUGUUUGUUCAAUCGUAAAGUCUAGAUCUUUGUAAAGCUUUAUUAUUCCUGUAACAUAAGUUGUUUUUUUACAAGUUUUCUUUGUUUCUCUGGAAGACAUUCAUUCUGUGUUGAUGAUUUGAUGUUAUGACUGUAAAUUUUGUUUCAGUAUACAUGAUUUUUAAGGAAGUUUGUUCGGUCUAGAAAUUACUUUCUUUUAUCCACCCAUAUCAAAACUGUUAGUAAUAGAAAUAUUUUCAGUUUAAAAAGCCAUUGAAAAAAGUGUUUGGUGUUGAUUGUAUGUUUUUUUUAUGGUAUCUUGUGAUUUAUUUUUUCCCCUAUGUUCCCUCUCCAAUGUCCUUUAAUACAUACUACUGAUUUAUCAUUUUGCUUCCUUUGGUGUGUAAAAGGGUUUAUGAAGUAGUUUUAAUGAAAAAAAAUCAGAAGCAGUUUCUUGAAACAAUCCAGAAAAAUGCAUGUACAGUGUUGGUAAUUGGGUUUAAAUUCCCUCCAAAUAAUUUUAUAAUACUGCUGAAUGAUUCACUGUUGUAAUAUAAGAACAUGGUAUUUUAGAGAAAGUACCCAUGUUAAAACAAAAGCUGUUAAAGGUACCCAGGUUAACCCCGAUCAUAAAAGCGUACCCAGGUUGCUGUUUUCCAAUUUUUUGGUAAAGUUCGUGAUGCUGAACCUCCACUUGUAUCAUGUUAGUCAUAACAAAAGUAAACGAAAAUGAUUUAAAGGCUAAGCAUUACCUCAAUGGAAUCAAUAAAAACUUGUAAAUAUGCCAAAAUUCUCAAUGACCUGGAUACUUUUCUUCCUCCCAAGUUACCCUGGGUACUAUCACACAAAAAUGAAUAAACCUGGGUACUGUUUGAUCAAGUUAAAGUACACAGGGUAUUUUCUUAUGAUACUCAGGACGUCAAUGACCUGUUUUGCUAUAAUACUGAAUUCGACUAGAUUUGAUAAAGUGAAUGAAAAGUUGUUAGCUGAUCACUUAUACAAAGGGAUAUACCUAUAUGGGAUAGUUGUACCAUUUCAGGUAUUUGUUAACAACUAAAAGUGCAAUAAAGGAAUUAAUUUAUUUUAAUUUUUUUUGCGGGGGUGGGGGGUGGGGGGUGGGGGGGAGGGGAUUGUGGUAUAUAGAUUAAAAGUUAAAUGUUUUUGUCUGUCUGUAUGUUUAUAUAUAUAUAUAUAUAUAUAUAUAUAUAUAUAUAUAUAUAUAUAUAUAUAUAUAUAUAUGUGUAAUUCUUUCAGGUUUGACUAUGUUAAGUGUUCAUUUAACAGAAGUCAUUGAUAAAUGAAAAUACCUCAUCAGUCAUCACUAUAAUACUCUUAAAAAAAUACAUUGAUCAACAACAUUUCACUCACCUUGACUUAUAUUUCAGACUGACUUGACUUUGAUCUAUUUUGUGUUAUAGUUUAUUUCUUGGAAACCAUGAUGAUAUAUCAAUAUUUCAACAUUAGAUAUCCAUCAGACAUUGUAAUACCUUCUGUUAUACACUGAGCAACAGUAUAUGUCGUUCAUUGUAUUAAGUUCCCACAUGCUAUAACAUUAUAAUAUAUCAUUAUUAAUCUGGUGCUUUUGCUGUAAAUUUAAAAAUCAAAUAAUUCUUCAUGUGUCAUUAAUUACAAAAUAUUAUAAUAUGUUCAUAAAUCUUAUAGAUUUAUAUUCAUUUCUUUUGUGAAAAAUAUAACUCAUUUUAUGGUAAUAAUGAUUACUUCUAAUUUUUCAUUCCAAUUAACAAUGUUACUCCAGUUUAAUUUUGUAUGAUUUGUAUCCUUCAGGUUAAAGUGGGACUUAAUAUAAGAUCCCAGGGUUUUAUCAAUAUCUUUGUAAAUUUACUGUAUAAUUCUUGGUAAUAAAAGGUACCAAUAUGCUGCAUCACUUGGUGUUAAAUAGCUUUGUCAGCUGUUGCCAUCCUUUGACAUCCAUCAUCUGUAAACUUUUGUCACUUGCUUCUUCUAAGAAACAUUUAUUGGGUUUUAACCAAUCUAAUUGAAAUGAAACCUCUGCAUUUUCUCAUUUUUUAUGCUUGGUUGCUGUGAAAUGAGAGAGUGCAGAGAUUUAAUUUUAAUUAGAUUGGGUUUUAACUAAACUUUGUAGGAAUAAAGUAUUAAAGAUCUGCUACAAAGAAUGGUCAUUUGGUUUUGAUUGGAUAAAAAAAGAUUGCAACUAGGCGAUCUUGAUUCUGAUUGAUGCUCACUUAAAUUUUGAAUGAUGGCACAUAUUUCCAAUUGAAACCUAUGUAAAAUGUCAUUUUCAUCUUCUUUUCUGAAAUUUCUUGGUUGAUUUUGAUAACACUUGGCAGGAAUGAUAUUUUAAAAGUCCUCUGUAAAUGAUCAUUGUUUGGUUCUGAUGAGAUAGCAAACAUAGCUGCAAGAAAGUUUCUACUUAAGCUACAAGGCUUAAUGAUUUGAAACAUUAAAAAAUUGAUAAAAACAAAGCAAUUUGAAAUUAAAAUUUGUCAGCAGUUAUCUUCUAUUGAACAAAUAAAGGGUCAAAUAUGCCAGGUGAGUGGUUCAGGCUUCUAAUUGAUUCCUAAAAUGAUAGGGAAAAAUAAUUAUAUUGGACAAGAAAAGGAAGAAGCAUGCAGUUUAAACUUUCAUGUUGAUAUUUUACCCUAAAAGUACUGGUAGAAGGCAGUUGGAUGUGCUUAGAAAAACCAAGUCAUUAAUCUUAAGAUACUACAGUAUAACCUUCAAAUUUACCUGUAUUCAGUUUUUGACUUGCAAAUACAUCCUCACUCAGACCCUUUCCUACUUUGUCCUGGACACUCACAGUAUAUUCUGUUCCCACUGAAUGAAGUAAAAAUACAAUGCAUAACAAAUUCUAUUGGAUAAAACAAGAUGCAUUUAUAUAUUGUUAUGCUUACUGUAUUUUAGAGUUUGCUGUUGGUUGUUGUAAACAUAUGUGAUAAUAAUUAUUUGUUUAUCAAUAAAGCAAUUAUUUAUA